UUGAUUUGUAUUGGGAUUGGAGGGAAAAUCAAUGGUAGUGGCACGCAUAACAUAAACAUAAACGUCUCAAUUUUCAACUAAAGUGCUGUUACAAAGACAAAAGGAGUGAAAACUGGAAAAAAAAGGCUUCAUCUGGCAACAAUAUUAAGAGUGAUGAAGCUUAUAAAGUUGCUCACCAGUGUUUUGUUGCUCAUGGUUGCCACUGUGAGCAAUGCAAAAGGUGCAUUUGUGGGGGUAAACAUUGGCACUCAUGUUUCUGAUCUUCCAUCUGCUUCAAAUAUGGUUACCAUUCUAAAAGCUCAUCAAAUCACUCAUGUGCGCCUAUUUGAUGCUAAUUCACACAUGCUACAAGCCCUAUCAAAUACCAGCAUUGAAGUGAUUGUUGGUGUCACUGAUCAAGAAAUAUUAAGGAUUGGAAAAUCUCAAUCAGUUGCUGCAUCAUGGAUCAACAAAAACAUAGCUUCUUACAUGCCAUCAACAAAUAUCACAGCAAUAGCAGUUGGUAGUGAGGUUCUAACCUCAGUCCCAAAUGUUGCCCCAGUUUUAGUCCCUGCCAUGAUUCAUCUCCAUAAAGCUCUGGUUGCUGCAAACCUAAACUUCCGAGUUAAGGUUUCGACGCCGCAGUCCAUGGAUAUAAUCCCUAGGCCUUUUCCUCCUUCUGCGGCCGCCUUUAACUCUUCAUGGAAUUCCACAAUUCACCAACUCCUUCAGUUUUUGAAGGACACAAACUCAUCUUACAUGUUAAAUGCCUACCCUUAUUAUGGAUACACUAGAGGAGAUGGCAUUUUCCCAAUUGAGUAUGCACUUUUCCAAUCCCUUUCUUCAGUGAAGCAAAUUGUUGACUCAAACACACUCUUCCAUUAUAACAGCAUGUUUGAUGCUAUGGUGGAUGCUACUUAUUAUUCAAUAGAAGCCUUCAAUUUCAAUAACAUACCCAUCAUUGUCACAGAGACUGGUUGGCCAAGUUUUGGUGGAGCUAAUGAACAAGAUGCAACUAUAGAGAAUGCUGAGACUUACAAUAACAAUUUGAUUAAAAGAGUUUUGAACGGUUCUGGUCCUCCAAGUCAACCAAAGAUACCAAUUAACACCUACAUGUAUGAAUUGUUUAAUGAAGACAUGAGAAAUGGUCCUGUGUCAGAAAAGCAUUGGGGUGUUUUUUAUACUAAUGGAAGUGGGGUUUAUCCUUUGAGGUUUGGUGGUGCUUCUAACCAUAAUAUUGGAAAUUCUUCAGCAUUGUUUUGUGUGGCUAAAGAUGAUGCAAGCACUGAGAAGCUGCAAGGUGGUUUGAGCUGGGCUUGUGGACAAGGCCAAGCAAAUUGUAUGGCUAUUCAAGCAGGGAGGCAGUGCUAUUUCCCCAAUGAUGUGAAGAGACAUGCUUCUUAUGCUUAUAAUGAUUAUUUUCAGAAAAUGCAUGGUGCUGGUGGUACAUGUGACUUUGAUGGUACAGCUACAACAACUAACGAGGAUCCUAGUUAUGGAUCCUGUAUAUAUGCGGGAAGUUCUAUCUUGAGCACUGGAGGUGGGAGUUUGCCUUCUACGGCACUUGGACCUAUAGGUCCUGUUGGUGUGAGUUUGAAGCUGCAAGUGUCAAACCUUCCAUAUUUGUUAUCUAUUUCUAGUGUUAUUUUUGCUCUGGUGCUGUAAUGGUCUUAAGGUCCAUAUGCUUUUAGCAUGAAAUUCAAUGAUCAUUUGAAUGUAUUUUUGCUCUUCACAUCUGUAUACUUAUCGUAUGAUGGUCAUUGUGAUGUAUACUCUCAAGGUAUGUAGUUGCAAAAUUUAGUGCUUUAGGAUAAGCCAAACGAGAUAUUGGGCCUUCAAGAAAUGACUGUCAUUGUUCGUUAGACAAAACUAAAUACCCCACCCACAAAUUCACAUACACUGAUACACACCACCUUGAAUCCUGUAACUUAUAAAAAUAUCCUCAGCAUUUCUGAGUUUUCAUUCCUGAAUAAAAUUUAAUUGGGAAGCUAUUCCUGAAAAAAAAUUGGGAAGCUAGAUGUACACAUUUCUUUCCACAAUCUAUUAUUUACCGCAUACGAGUCAAAAAUUAACUACCUCAACAUAUGUCCCACGGAAGCUAAAUAACUAACAGCCACAAACUUAGUGAAGUUUUAUUGAAGCACUGCAUUCUAGUUUGUAGUGUGUACGAAAGCACAACAUACCGCAAACUAAAAUGCGGUAGUUUAAUGUACAACAAUCGGUGUAAUACAACAAAUCAGUUAGCGAGUAAGAAAAUACACAAGAUGGAUAGAAAAUUCAACAUCAUAGCCGAUUUAAACAUUGUAGAUGGGAUUGAAAUUUACCAUAAAUAAUUAUACAAUUCAGGCUUCCCUCACUGAUACAAACACUCAUUGAUUGCUAAUUUCGGUCAAACUGAGUCAUCAGAUUCAUCAGAGUCACUCCUAUCAGGAUCCCCUGCAUUUGUAAGAGUCUCCGGAGCAUCAUGCUUUGGUUCAGGUGUAGGUGCAGUUUUUUUAUUAGCACCUCGCACAUUCUCAUCCCCUUCUUGCUCAGCUGCUACCACAU